AUGACAUCGCUCGACCAAUUCGAGCAGCUUCAGCAGCACAGCUACACUUUUGCCUCUCCGCCCCCGUCGACGAUGGACUCCUUUACUGGAGACACCAGCCCGCUCAGCGGCCUCGGCUCUGGCCUGCGCAAGCUGGACCGCAUCGGUGGCGAUGGCGGCGCGGCGUCGCGGCAGAAGAGCUGCAACGCCUGUGUCAGAGGCAAACGGCGCUGCGACAAGCGAACUCCACGAUGCACCCGGUGUGCGACAAAGGGCCUGGACUGCGUCUAUCAGCGUCAGCCUCCUCCUCUUGCUCAGCAGCAGCAGCAACAGUCACAGCAGCAGCAGUCACAACAAUCACAACAACAGUCGCAGCCGCAGUCGCAAAACCUCCUACACCAUCAGCAUCAGCACCAAUCACCACCCAUCGCCUCAAGCGCUGCAACGGCAUCGUCGUCUUGUACUUCCGCCGUCGAGGGCAGCUGCACUACGCCCGACAUGCCCCCCGAAUUCGACAUGAGCUUCGACAUGGAGAGCCUCGGCACUGCAACCGGUACAAACACGAGCCCCGAGAGUCUCCAGCAGCAGGACGUGGGAUUGGGGCUCGGCGGCGAGUCUCAGCAUCACCAGCACGCCGAUCUGGGCUUCUCCAUCGUCGACCUGAUGAAUGCGAGCGCCACCGCGGGCCCCGGCAGCUUAUGGGACCUGACCGGCUUUGGAGACGGCACCAGCAAGAUGGACCUCCCGCCGGUUCCCGUCAUCCCGCCGUUGCAGACACAGCAUACACAGCCGGGCCAGUCGCAGCAGCAGCAGCAGCAGCCGCAGCAACCCGUUCGCGAUCUUUCUAUUCUGCAGCACGAGGACCAGUGCAUCAUCGCCGACGUUCUCCAGGUGCACGACCCCCGCAGCAAGAUUGGCUUCAUUGUCCAGAGUAUAUCAGAGAUGUACACGGGUUUCACGCAGCGUCGCGAGGCUCCCUUUAUGCACCCCCGCCUGUGGAUGUCACAGCUGCCCAAAACCAUCAUCACGACAUUCGCCGCCGCUUCGGCGUACUCGGCACGCACUGCGCAUACCAAGGGCUGGGCGCUCAAGGUGCUGCUGGAUGCAGUGCGCGAGGUCCACCGUGAUGGCGAGAGGGCGACUACACACGCCGACCGCCUGGCCAGAGUGCAAGCACUUUUGCUACUCAACUCGAUGCGCAUCUUUGACGGGGAUGUGAGCAUGAGGGCGGCGGCAGAGAGAGAGAUGAGCGUCAUGCUGGCGUGGGUGAAGGAUCUAGUUGUGGUUAAAAAUGAGCUGGAGGAGGGCUUGCCAGCAGCGACUCUCAUCUCGAGAGAUAGGCCGCCAAAGAGCUGGGAGAGCUGGAUCAUGCUUGAAAGCACCAGGCGGACCAUUAUGAUUGCCUAUGCGUUAAUGUGUCUCGUUUUCGUCCUGAAAUCCGAAGAAGCGCCCAACGACUGCUGGGAAGACGGCCAUAGCUUCACGAGCUCGCGGCACCUCUGGGAGGCCACAUGCUCGGUUGACUUUUUCCGGGCCUGGCGCGAGAAGCCGCAGUAUUGCAUCACGGAUCUCAGUUUCAAGGAGUUCUGGAUGUAUGCGAGACCGGACGACAUGGAUGAGUUUACGAGGCUGAUGCUGACUACGCAAGUUGGCGUGGAUGCCAUUGAGCACUUUCUCUCAGGCGACACGAGCAUUCCAGUCGAAUGA